AUGGCCCAGGGAUCUGAAUGCGAUGUAUUCCAGGAUGACCUGAGCACAGAGGACGAGGACCUCGAGUUACCUUCGUCUGCCAUGCCUGGAACACCACUCUCAAGACUUAAUGCGGCAUAUGCCAGGUGUAUGCGAGUAAGCGCUGAAGAACUCGAUUUGGAACCAGCGGUUUAUAUUCGUGAAGGGAGUGAGCUUAUGUCUCAAUUGAAAGAUCAGUUGGUUAUGCUACCUGAUUUGGAUGAUCUCUCUCCUGAAUGCGAUAUUGAGGCGCUGACAUUGGAUGUGGGUGAUGACAGGCCAGUUGCUCAAAGACCUCGAUCUGUCGGUCCACACUUGGCAAUCAAGGUAUACAAGUUGCUGAAGAAACUCCUGGAAGCUACACUAAUUGGACACUCUGAAUUGCCAUGGGCAUCGCCGAUUGUGAUCGUGCUCAAGAAGAACGGAGUGAACAUUCGGAUGUGCAUCGCCUAUCGAGUCGUGAAUAGUUUCAUUCAAUUGUCGAACUACCCACUACCACUGAUCGACGAUCUCAUCACCGGUGUCGAAGGAAUGAUGUGGUUUAUGAGUCUUGACAUGGCAAAUGGUUUCUGGGCAGUCCGAAUGACUGAAAGGGGCUAA